UUCACUUCCUGUAUUGACAGGUCGCAUCCGUACACAAAUUACUCUCAUAAAUAAAGAAACGGUCAUGGCAACAGAACUUAACGUUAAUGAGCACCACAGUGCUCAGAUCUACAACUAUAUCCGCUUCACUCGAUACCAGAGAGGGCAGCGUAUGAGAGCUGUAGACUUUUGUUUUGAUGAGCUUAUAUCAACCAGACUUGACGAGACUACUUACACUAUUGAUGAAGUGAAGGACAUGCUGAAUGGUUUAUUAAUGAAUGUCCAGGGAGAGUUGGAGGGAGAGCUGGUCAACUCGGCCCACACCAAUGUGCUGCUUCUCCGACAGAUGUUCAUGCAGGCAGAGAAAUGGCACCUGAAACUCUCAGCUGAUAUAUCUGAGCUCGAGAAUAGGGAUAUAUUAGAUAAGAUAGCUGAGUUUGAAGAGCAGCAGUUUGCGGGCACGAAGAGGGAUACAGAUUUCCACUCAGUGCUCAAACAUGUCAAACUUGGGCCCAUGAAUGAAUCGGGGGGAACACAGCUCCUUCAUAUGAAAAUAGAAGAACUUCAACAACAGAAUGAUGACCUGAAGAUGACUAUUGGAAAAUUUCAGUCUGGAUCUGACAAGCAGAGACAGAUGCUGGAGGAAGACUUACGGAAAACACAGGCUCAAAUGAAGUCAGGCAAUACGGGAGUUGAGACAGAAGAGCUGAGACGCAAGAUGGCUGCUUUGCAAUCAGAGUUGGACAAAGAUAAGAAGACUGGUAAGGGAGGUAAUGAUGGAAUGGAAAGUGACCUUGUGUCCACGAAGCAUGAACUACUGCGGGUGAGAGACAUGCUGGAGAUGGCAGAGAAGGAACUGGAGAAAAAAGUGAGUCAAACACAGCCCUUCAAAAACCUCAAACAAAUGUUGAUGAAGAAAAAUGAUACCAUGAAGGAACUAAGAAAACGUUUACAAAAAUAUGAGUCGGUGGAUGAUGAAUAGUUGGAACACAUUUCCCAAACUUGUGCAUUUUAAAAACAUACUCUUUACUCAGAUAUACAACAAUUUGCAUUCUUAUAUAUAACUUCUCAAAAUAUACUAUUGUUAUGAUGUAUGUUGAUUGGUUGAUUGAAAAUAUUAUAUGAUGGAUAAGUGAUUCAAAUUAGAUGAAUGUUUAGUGUAUACGAUUAUUAAAUUUUUUUAGAGAUAUUUUACUGUACCUGUAGAUCUCUCAACUUUGUUAGAUGACCAGUGCACAUAUUGCUCAUGGAAAUCUUUAAGGAUAACGUGUUGUCCGUUGUAAAUCAGUACACAUGUGUAUAAAUGUUUUCUUCUUACAAUUUCUUUUCCUUAAACCCUGGACAGUUUUGGGGACCAUCUGUAAACUUUUACAAAUCAUUCUGGUACAUGGCAUAUGUAGGUCUACAGAGCUUGAAAUAGAUGUCAUAACUGAAAACUUCACAAAUAUUCUUUGUAACCACAAGGGUCAGUGGUUUAAUAUUUAUUGGUUAAAAUCAUCUAGUUGUCCUCUACUUCAUGCGUUCAAAUCAAUUCCUCUGGGUUUGAACAUGACCAUGUCCUAGUGGCACAUGAUUUAUACAUUCUUAUACAGCCAAACAACUUUAAAAAAAAAGUAUUUUUCUAAAAUUACAAGGUCCUGUGGUAUAUUAUUUGGCAUAUAAAAAUUGUAUUGUGAAAGCUUAAAAAAGUUCCCGUGAAACUGUAAGGCUAACUUUGGUAUUUGUUUUUUUGCAUGUACCUAACAUCGUAUGGGCUGCUUCUACAAAGUUAGUUUGAAUCAUGGCACUGUGGUCAACAUUGCCCCUAUCAUCAGUCUAUUGUUUCCUUUAUAUUCUUCUUGUAUAGCUGUUUAGUAUUUGUUAGUUAAGAUACUUUAUAUGAUACUCUGCCAAGUGUUUUCAAAUAAUAUACCUGGGGUCUAAAUUUCCCCCACCCUGGUUUUUAUUUAACACAAAAUAUGACCACCACCCUUUUGUUUUUUUUGGGAUGUCAGAUUUUUAUUCUCUCCCAUGUCAGCUUUGAAAAUAUAGUUAUUAAAUAUUGUUUGGAGUAAAAGGAUGAAUGGAUGGAACAGUAGAAUUACAUGUUACAUUUUGUUUAAUGUUGAUGAUAUUAACUGUGUUAAAUUAUUUUGAAUGUCUCUUGUUUUGUAUGACAUUAAGUAGUUUGCACAUUAAAGCUCUAUACUUUUCUGUGUACAUGUACAUAUCCUGUAAUCAAUUUAAUUCAUGGUGUAGAAUCGGUUCAAUGAAGUCUCCGUUUUUAUAACCAAAAAGCACCCUCUCCAUAGCAGAACAUGUCAGACUACAUUAUUUCUCCUCGAAGUAAAGAGAUUAUAUAAGACAGACUUCAACUGCUCAUGUUUACAUUUGAUAUGUAUGCAUGUAAUAGGCACUCUAUUAAUAGGCACUCUAUAUUUCUGUUCAAUGCAUUUUAAGCUCAGGUAAGCGCUUUAGAGCCAUCAUGGUCCUCUUGUGUAGUUGAACCUCUCUGAGCAAGUCAAAAAUGCUGUAAAUUUUUAAGUUGUUAAAAAUUACUCAAAUGAAAAAUACAUCGGUAUGCAUAGCGUCUUUGUCAUUUAAAUGUUUGUGGUACCAUUCCCCUCUCUGUCGUACACGUAAACACUAAGGAAUUGUAUUAAUACAGGUAGUAAUUUAGCCCAUUUAUGACUAGUGGACUCUCCCAUCCUUCUAAAUUGGAUCAAUUUUUUUCCAAAAUUAGGAUGUCUAGUAUAUUUAUUUUUAUAUUUAGAAUAUUUCUUACUGAAAUUCCUUUAAGCAGUCAUGCGGCGUCUCAUCUGGGUCUACGCUGUUUGCCAAGGUAAUUUUUCUAGACGCUAGGCAUAAGUGGGUUAAAGAUGAUAUUUUGGGGAAAUGUGUGUUAAUUAACAAGUGUGUCUGUUAGCAUUCAAAUAGAAUGCUUGAUUAAAAUCAAGAGCUGUCUCCAUAGGAUGACAUAUGUCCCUGAUAAAUGCUUUGAUAGAAAUUAUGAGCAUUUUUCAAAAGCUUAAUGCAUAUUUUGAAAUCUAAACGCGGACCCUAAGUUCAAGAUCAAAGGGGUCAAAAUGUGUGUGCGUAUGGAAAGGCCUUGUCCAUAUACACAUGCCUACCAAAUAUGAAUGUUACAUCUGAAAAGACAUAGUAGUAAUAAGCAUUUUUCGAAACCUAAAUGCAAAGUGUGACGGACAGUUAGACGGACGGACAGUGCGAUCACUAAAUGCCCCUUCUUCGGGGGAAUAAAAACAUGUACGUGUACAAAAUGAUUAUUUUUAUGCGACAAGAGAACUGUUGACUAAUGUUUGAUUUGAUUAGCAAAGUUUGGAAGCCCACAUGUUUUUAGGGUUGAUAUAAAAAGUCCAUCAAGGUGAGUUACAUAUAAGUACAUAAUGCAAAAAUUUUAUUAUGUAUGGAGAAAUAGUUUGUUAAAUAUUGAAGUAUAUUGUACAAACAAUCAUACAUGUUCAUGUAAAUCUUGUUGAAUUGUAUUUUUAUGCCAACGAUUUCGUUCUUCUGUCUCUACUUCAGUCUGUCAGUCUGUCCCGUUUUUAUGUGAAGUAUAACUCAGGAAUUAUUGAGGGUACUGCACCUUUUCUGUAUUUGUUUUUCUUUUAUGCAUGUGUAUUUAAUUCACACAUUGCAUGAUAUGUUUUCUGCUUAUAUCCUUGCGCUCAAAAUGUGUAUGUUUUAGUAUUUUGGAUAGUCUUUGGGAAAACUGGUCUAAAUGCAUGAGAGGACAGCAGAGACUAUUCCGGAAUGGCACUCUCCAUUUUUAUGGAAUUUUUAUGCUCCCUGAAAAUUUUCGGGGAGCAUAUAGUGGCCAGUUUGGAGUUCCUUCCGUACUUCCUUACUUCUUUCCUUCCUUCAGUCACACUUUUGUUACCGUUUCUCAUAGCACCUUCAAUACUUUACCCAUCUCUUUCAUAUUUGGCAUGUAGGUACCUUGCAUUGACCUCUACCUUUUGAUGAGGUUUGAGGUCACUGGGUCAAGGUCAAGGUCACAGAAGCUAAUAAUAAUAUACUUUUUCCGUCACACUUUUGUUACCGUUUCUCAUAGCACCUUCAAUACUUUACUGAUCUCUUUCAUAUUUGGCAUGUAGGUACCUUGCAUGGACCUCUACCUUUUGAUGAGGUUUGAGGUCACUGGGGUCAAGGUCAAGGUCACCGAGGCUAAAAAUAUACUUUUUCCAUCACACUUUGUUUACAGUUUCUCAUAGCACCUUCAAUACUUUACCUGAUCUCUUUCAUAUUUGGCAGGUAGGUACCUUGCAUGGAACUCUACCUUUUGAUGAGGUUUGACGUCACUGGGUCAAGGUCACCGAGGCUAAUAAUAAUAUACUUUUUCCGUCACACUUUUGUUACAGUUUCUCAUAUCACCUUCAAUACUUUACCGAUCUCUUUCAUAUUAAGCAUGUAGGUACCUUGCAUGGACCUCUACCUUUUGAUGAGGUUUGAGGUCACUGGGGUCAAGGUCACCGAGGCUAAUAAUAUACUUUUUCUGUCACACUUUUUUACAGUUUCUCAUAGCACCUUCAAUACUUUACCGAUCUCUAUCAUAUUUGGCAUGUAGAAGAUACCUUGCAUGGACCUCUACCUUUUGAUGAGGUUUGAGGUCACUGGGGUCAAGGUCACCGAGGCUAAGAAUAGAAUUUUCCGUCACACUUUUUUUUACAGUUUUUCAUAGAACCUUCAAUACUUUGCCAAUCUCUUUCAUAUUUGGCAUGUAGAUACCUUGCAUGGACCUCUACCUUUUGAUGAGGUUUGAGGAUACUGGGGUCAAGGUCACAGAGGCUAAUAAUAGAUUUUUCCUUCACACUUUUGUUACAGUUUCUCAUAGCACCUUCAAUACUUUACCGAUCUCUUUCAUAUUACGAAUGUAGGUACCUUGCAUGGACCUCUACCUUUUGAUGAGGUCACAGGGGUCAAGGUCAAGGUCACAGAGGCUAAUAAUAUAUUUUUUUAGGUGGUUAUUAACACAUAGAUUGACAAAGCGCAUCAUCGGGGAGCAUCCAUCAGUUUCACUGAUAUUUUUGUUGGUUUAAAGAGCAAUAAUAUACACGCGCAGUAAGCCUGGUUUUUCCAAAGAGUGGCUCAUUUAUGUUCUACAUGUUUCUAUGACACAACCAUGCAUCAUGUCUUCAAACAAUAAUCAUAAUAUAUGUAUUGUUUGAUGCUUAGAUGAUGUGCAAAUUGUUUUCAAGAAUAUUUAAAAACAGGUGUUUUAAUUUUAACUGGGACAAAUCCAUUUUGGAGUCAUUACUUUUUACAAUGGAACACAAACAAAACAUAGAAAUUUUUAAAAAACACAGACAAUUAUUUGGUUUCUAAUUUUAAAUAUAAUUGUUAUAUUAUUGUAAUUGUUGUAAUAAAUAAAUGCUCAUAAAACUUAUAAAUAUUUUAAAUUAUAAACUCUUCAUACUUAAGUUCACUACAAACCGAAACUUUUAGCUGGAGCUGGAGUGUAGUUAAUUGGAUAUAAAUUAUCAUGUAUUAUCAUUGUUUGAAAAGGACAUAUUACAUUGCACAAAAUAUUGUUAUACACAAUUUUGCAUACACUGAUUUCACUCAAUUAGACUCAUAACAGUGUGUGAUUCAGGCUUAAUGUUGAGUACACGACUCUACUUGUUCAAGGUUUCUCAAGAUACAAAUAUUAGAUAUCAGUCAUGAUAUUAAGCCCUUUACUACUUAGAUCAUCUAAGUAGUAAAGGGCUUAAUAUCAUGACGGAUAUCUAAGUUAGAUGUGUAUUUUGAUGCAUUUGUAGUACCUUAGAAAAUUUAAAUUUAUUGAAAUUAAAAAAUUUCAGACCUUUCUUACUAGAUUCAAGUUUGCAAGGCUUCAUAUCCAAACCUUAGAUACUGAUGAACAGCAAACAGCAUAAAACCUGAACAGACUGGGAGUUGCAGACUGUUCUGGUUUUAUGCUGUUUGCACAUAGCCAUUUUCACUUUGCUUCUAUGUGGGAAAGGGUUAAUGUCUGAUGCCGGGAUUGAUGUUCAUCAUGUUUUCAUGUUACUCAAGACUAAGUCAUUCCAUGAAUUUUCGAGAGUUUUAUUGGGCAUUUAUGCACAAAAAGACAAGGGAAAAAUGUAGGAUCAAUUUCUAUCAAAAGUGUCGUGUUCUUUAUUGUUGUUGUUUUAUUCCUUGUUUGAGAAAAACAUAUUUAUCUUAUUUAUUAUUAUUAUCAAGAAUUAAUUUGAUUGCAAAAACAAGAAUCUGAAUAUCAUUAUGUUCAAUUAUAUUUCGUUUAACAGGUACACAUAACUAAACUUCUCAAAAUUAUUAAACAUUUUUUAUAGUAAUUGUACCUAGGAAUGUCCUAAAGUGUUUGCAUUUUGAGUCACAAUUGCACGUUAGAGGCAAGUUUACAUGUACUACCUGUAGCAUAGUAUGUUGCUAUUAUAGACUGUGUUCGGUCCAUUUUCUCUGCUAAGUGAAUGUAAACCUGCUAUAAAUACAUGUGCACAUUGUACAAGACAA